AGGAGAAACCCGAAGAGAAUGCUGAAGGUGGCGACGACGCUGGGGGAGGAGAUGAGGAGGGCGAGGAUGAAGUCCUUCAGGUUGCGAAGACGCGAAAGAUCAGCAAGGAGCAGUUCUUCAAGGAAGUUUCGGAUCGCACCAACCCUCCCUCAAGGGGUGAUACGGAGCAGGAGCGCGAUCACUGGUCUCGCCCAAGGCGAUGGCAGGUGAGGCUUUGGCAGGUGCGGAUCGAAAACAUGACGGACGAGGCCAUUUUGGUCUUCGGAAAUUUCAUCUUCGGCGGCACCAAGGAGGAAUUCUUGGUGAAGACUGGUGGCAAGGAGCCCUCCAUCUGGGUGGCUGGCCGGGUCCUCGGCGAUCCUCGGGGAUCAGUUGGAUCAGUUUCUUCGCUCCGAGGUGAUGAAGGUGUGAUCCUUCGAACACCUGUGGUGCAGGAUAUUCCAGGCUUUUUGGCGGAAUUUGAGGGGGGUCUGAUGGUUGGCCAGUUCAAAAGGUUCAGUGGAGCCGAUUUGGAUGGCAAAGCCUAUCGGCAGUGGAAACUAUGGCACCUCGAGGAGAACCCUUCUGGUGAGAUCUUCUCGGAGCAGGAGACGGUCGAGAUCCUUGCUGCGUCGUGGAAAGACAAGAGGGCAGAAAUAUCAUUUCUGGAGAAGAGCUGCAGAUUCAACCAGGCGAACAUCGUCAAAAAAAAGUUCGUUGUGGAAGUGGGCGAUGUGAGGAAGCAGACUCGCUGCUUCAAGUGCCAGAAGGCUCUGGAGCGUCUGGUUCCGACGACAGCUGAGCAGGGUCCGGUAGAUCCGGCACCUCUGUCUCAUGAGGAAGCCAGGCUUUUGUGCGAGCUGCUGGACCGCAUGGAUGCCCAGGGUCGUGUCCCAGGUCAUGAGGAGCUUCUUUUCACCGAAGGCAUGAUGAGGGCUAUGGCCGACAGUAGCAAGCUUCUGAGGUCUGAGAACGAGGAUGCAGGCUUCGAGGGCUAUGAAUGUGUGGGCACUCCUCGAGCUAAACAGUUCCAUCUGGAUGGUCCGACGGGAUCUCAGGCUCCAGUGCCGCCCAAUUCUAAGACUGGAUUGAAGCUCCCUCCCGGAGUGACAGACCUGAAGGAUUGGGGGACCACCAUUUGCAAGCUACCCAAAGUCGCGUCCAUGAAGCUGUCUUAUGACGAUAUGGUGAUGGACCAAGAAUCACGGCAGCUACCUUCACUUGGUGUUGGCGCAUGGAGCCAAUCGUGGUGGAGGUUCGUGGGCGCAAGAGCCGUCCGAACUGAGGAUGAGAGUGAUGGUGAAGACACCGAAUGCGAAUUUGAUGUGGCCUUUGAAUGGCAGGGGAGUUAUCUGGAUUUGGAGCGGCAAACUUUGAGACUGGAGAUUUGGAACUGGGCUCGCUGGAGGAUCAACAAAUUCGAUUGUUUCUGCGAGGAGCCAUUGCUGAGUUUUGCCAAGGGCCCCGUCCAGAACGAAAUGGAGUGUAACAAGGUGGACAAGUUCGGCAAGAAACAGCCACGCGUGCAGGUGGCCUUCAAGUUGUUCUUCCAGGAAAUCUAUGACUUUGAACUGACCAUGCCAGUCUGGCGUGCCAGUACUGUGCCCACCUGCAAACGUCUUCUAGAGAGGCUGAGGGACGGCAUUGAAGAUGAGGACGAAGAGCUCACUGGAGUGCCUUGCCUUGGAAAUCCAUGGGGAACGAUGGACGAAGUACCAGAGCGCGCACGACUCGGCAGACGGGCGCCAAGGAACAGGCCUUGCAACGAACCGCCUGCCAUGGAGAAACCGGGCACCCCGGGGACAGCAGAAGUGCAGCUUGUUGCACCCAGUGGUCUCCUGCAGACCUUGCAGCUUCGGAUUGAUGCCCCGGCAGCGGAGACGAUCAGGACGUCCUUGAAGGAAAUGGGCAAAGAGGCGAAAGGUGCCGGGUUUUUCCAUGGUUUUUUCCAGCCGUGUUUUGGGCACUAA